GGACAUGUGUCACAGUGUCCCAAGACGAGAUCUGAACCCCGAGUUUUUUCCCUCCAGUGGUGAUGACCGAUGUUACUCAUUUGCAAAUUUAUAGAACGGGCUUAGGCUCUUUAUCAUAGACUUUGUCUCAAAGUUUGCGUUGAUAUUACAUUACUUUCAAAAUGUCAAAUUAAGAAUUUAUGUACGAAGAGGAGCGUGUUACGAUUCAGAGAAGACGAUGAGGAAUGGGAACAAUAAAAAGGGUUAUAUUUACUACAUAUAUAUUUCAAGCAAUUUAUUGCCAAGGUCCAUUGCUGGUGCUUUUCUCGUUUGAAGGCGAUACGCUUAUUACUUCCGAAAAUGGAGAUCUCAGCUUUACUUUCUGGCCGAACAUUGCAGCAAAUAAUCAGUUCCAAGGGAUUUAUAGAAUGGAGGUACAAACCAGAACAAGCGAUAACAAUUAUGAAUAUGACGGACGAGUUGUUCGGUGGAACAACACAUGCAUCGUCACGUAUGAGAAUUCAGUUCGCUGUCUCAGUGAUAACGGUCCUGCAAAACUCUCUAGAAGAGUGAACCGAUCGCAUCUGGAAAUAGUAUGGACCUGCUCGUGGAAAGACUCAGAUUCUCAAAGUCUAAGAAACAUAGAAAGGAGAUUUAAUCUUAAGAUGUCUCAUGGCUGUGUUUCUCUUUUCUCAACUCCAGUAAUGGCUGGAUUUCUCAUUGUGCUGCUUGCUUUUGCAUUUAUCUGCCUGCUAAUCAUUGCAAACAGGAUUAGAAGCACAAAGAUGCGGACCUUAAACACCAACUCAUACAUCAGUAUGAAGACCAUUGGAAAUUUCAGCUCAAAGUUAAAGAGGAAAAAAGUUUCCAAUGCUUGUACCUUUGAGGUACAAACAUCAUUUGAAAAGAAGAGCGACGAGGCAAAGGACCAGAGCAAAGAAGACAAUGCAAGUGAUGAAGACUAUAACUUAAACUCUCAAAGUACAUGGGAUAAUGUCAAACUCCGCCUACAAAAUCCAGUAAUUGGAGAAAAAACACUAGCAGAAGUCUUUCCUGUCGAUGCCGAUAGUGAUAUUGACAUACGAUAAAGAGUAGAAAGUGUUUGCUUCCCCGCCCUGGCUACUGAAGUCCAAUAUGAGUGAAUCUAUAGUUAGGUUAGAGUCGCUCUAUGCACACCUCACUGGAAUCAUUUAAGGCAGCAGGUAGAGUCAGAUGUACAUAAUAAAUGUAGUUAAACAAACAUAACUGAGAUGUUAUGACUAAACAGUUUGUCAACAAGUGUUCAUUAUUGUCACGAUUAAUGAAUAUGAGAAUUUAAACAUUGUAAUUAUUUUGAAGGCAUUAAAAUACGAACUAAUUCUGUGUGACUGAGACAAUGAUAUCUUGUGUGCUUAUUAAGAGCAAAAAAAAAAAGAAAAGAAAAUAGUUGGUGACUAAUUUUAAAUAAACUGUAUUAUUCUCAGUCGUUUAA